AUGUCGGAUCUCCAGGGUCGCAAAAUAUUCAAGGUGUUCAACCAGGAUUUUAUCGUGGACGAACGUUACACUGUCACCAAGGAACUCGGUCAGGGAGCCUACGGCAUUGUGUGCGCCGCCGUUAACAACCAGACGACCGAGGGUGUUGCCAUCAAAAAGGUCACCAAUGUUUUCAGCAAGAAAAUCCUGGCCAAGCGCGCCUUGCGCGAGAUCAAGCUGCUGCAGCAUUUCCGUGGCCACCGUAACAUUACCUGUCUCUAUGACAUGGACAUACCCCGCCCAGAUAACUUCAACGAGACCUAUCUCUAUGAAGAGCUGAUGGAGUGCGAUCUGGCUGCCAUUAUCCGAUCAGGCCAGCCCUUGACCGAUGCGCACUUCCAGUCUUUUAUCUACCAAAUUCUCUGCGGCCUCAAGUACAUACACUCAGCCAAUGUGUUGCACCGUGAUUUGAAACCCGGAAACUUGCUCGUCAAUGCGGAUUGCGAGCUGAAGAUUUGCGACUUUGGUCUGGCGCGUGGCUUUUCGGUGGACCCUGAGGAGAACGCUGGUUACAUGACUGAAUACGUGGCUACCCGAUGGUACCGUGCACCUGAGAUUAUGUUGAGCUUCCAGAGCUACACAAAAGCCAUCGAUGUGUGGUCGGUUGGAUGCAUCUUGGCAGAGCUGCUAGGAGGUCGGCCCUUCUUCAAGGGUCGUGAUUACGUCGAUCAGCUCAACCAGAUCCUUCAUAUUCUCGGCACACCAAACGAGGAGACCCUCUCGCGAAUUGGAUCCCCGAGGGCCCAGGAGUACGUCCGUAACCUGCCUUUUAUGGCCAAGAAGCCUUUCCCGACGCUCUUCCCCAACGCCAACCCCGACGCGCUGGACCUCCUCGACCGCAUGCUGGCGUUCGACCCCUCAUCCCGUAUCUCGGUCGAACAGGCACUCGAGCACCCGUACCUCCACAUCUGGCACGACGCCUCUGACGAGCCCGACUGCCCGACCACCUUCAAUUUCGACUUUGAGAUAGUCGAGGACGUCGGCGAGAUGCGCAAGAUGAUCCUGGACGAGGUCUACCGCUUCCGCCAGCUCGUGCGCACAGCCCCUGGCGCUGGUGGCCACGGUGCACCCCACGCUCCGCAAGUGCCGAUCCCUGCAGGUGCCGGUCAGGGUCAAUGGAAGGCCGAGGAUCCACGCCCGCAAGAAUAUGUUGGUCAGAUGAAUGACUUGGAGGCUGAGCUCGCGGGUGGUCUGGAUCAGAGGAGGUGA